AAGGACCAAACAAGCACAACUCAAAACCCCAUUUGAUCAUCAUUACUUGAUAUGUAUGUGUCUUCAGUGUCUCCGAGAUUUCACAAAUCAUACAAAGCUAGAUGUGUUAGCUUACCGGUUCGGUUGCAUCCAAGUGUUAGGAGGAUUCAAGAAGUUGUCUCCAGGGUUAGAGCUUUGGGGUCGUCUUCAUUGGAGUCGAGGACGAUGGUCCGUGACGGUCUCUCUGGUCUCACUGAGAUCUAUAGAUCUUUAAGCGAAGAUCUCUUCAAGUCUUCUUCUGAAACUCAACAAGCUCUUCUUAAUGGUGGUUUGAUGGAUGAGCUUCUUGAAGUGUCGUUGAAGUACUUAGAGGUUUGUGGAGGAGCUAAAGACGGUGCGUCGAGGAUCAAAAAGAGUGUUGUUGAGCUUCAGUCAGCAUUGAGAAGGAGCAAGAAGGGAGGUGAGUUUAGCCUCGAGGGUGACGUUGAUGCUUACCUGGCGUCGCGUAAAGAGAUCAAGAAAGAGAUCAAGAAGUAUAUGGUGAUGUCGAAAGAGACAGAUGCGUGUUUAGAGAGUAGUGUUUGGUGUGGUGGUGGUGAUGAUCAAGAAUUGAGUGCUUUGGUUAGAGUGAUGCAAGAAACAAGUGUGAUCACUUGUUUCGUCUUACGCACGGUAUUGUCGUUCUUGUCGUCGCCAAAAGGGUUAAAGAGUAAGAAUCAUCAUCAAUCCAAAGGUUGGGGGAUUGUUAUGAAGCUUGUUAAGAAAGGAAUAGAUCAUAAUCAUCAUGAGAAAGAGUUUUCUUGCAUUGAGCUUGAAGCUAUGGAAGCUGAGCUUGGGAAGGUCGUUGUGGUGACGACAAGGGAAGAUCAAGAAGAGGAGAAAGAGAUAAGUGAGGAAGUAAGUGAGAUGAUUCAAUGUGCAGUGGUUAGAGCGAAAGACGUGGAGACAGCCAUGGAAGAGCUGGAAGAGGGACUUGAAGGAUUGUUCAAAGUGAUGAUACAAGCUAGAGUGUCUCUUCUUAACAUCCUAUCCACUUAAAUAAAAUAGUACCAGAAUCGAGCUUCUUGCUCUUGACCAGAUCAAGUGGUUUUAUAAUCUUGGUUUGGUAUUUGUUUUCAUGUGUGUUGAAAGAGAGUUUAGACAUGCAUCCAUGUAUUAGAGGAUGUGUGUUGUUGUAAGUUUGUAAACUCUUCAUGUGUGAACAACUCUUGCUGAUCA